UACAUCCAUUAUGUGUAUUAAUUACCCACUUAUUCUUAAAUCCCACUGCAGAGAGUGUGGGAUCUCCUGCAGUGAUAGGGCUGAAGAGGAGAUGGAAACAGCUAAUGACAGCACAGGUGGGGAUUUCAUCUUAGUGGGCUUCUCUGAGCGGCCUGAGUUAGAGCUGAUUCUCUCCCUCUUUGUCCUGACAUUCUACACGAUAACCCUUGUGGGCAAUGUGGCCAUCAUCUUGCUCUCGAUCCUGGACACUGGACUCCACACACCCAUGUACUUCUUCCUUAGAAACCUCUCUGUUCUUGACCUCUGCUUCACUACCAGCAUUGUCCCUCAGAUGCUGGUGAACAUGUGGGGUGGCAACAAGAAGAUUAGCUAUGCUGGCUGCAUGGUCCAGUACUGGUGGACCUUGGCACUUGGCUCCACUGAGUGUGUUCUCCUUGCAGUGAUGGCAAUAGAUGCAGCUUCCUGGUGUUCUGGUUUUGCCAACUCCUUUCUACAGUCCUCAAUGGCCAUGGUGCUGCCUCGAUGUGGAAACCGGCGUGUGGACCAUUUCUUUUGUGAACUGUUGAUCAUUGUUAAACUCUCCUGUGUGGAUACUGGCCCAACAGAAUCUAAAAUGUUUAUCGCCCGACUAAUCAUCCUAGGCAUGCCUGUCUCCAUCAUCUUGACCACUUAUCUGUGCAUCACCAGAGCCGUAGUAAAAAUGUGCUCAGCAGAAGGAAGGAAAAAGGCCUUUGGGACCUGUGCCUCCCACCUAAUGGUAGUCUCACUCUUCUAUGGAACUAUUAUGUUUUUGUAUCUGCAGCCCAAGGACAACUACUCCCAGGACCAGAGCAAAGCACUGGCGGUGCUAUACAUGAUCCUUGCUCCCACACUCAACCCUCUGAUCUACACACUGAGGAAUAAGGAUGUGAAGAAAGCAGUCAGGAGGUUGAUAGGGAAGGAGCAGGUAUAGGGAGAUCAAGAGUGGGAAGAACAGGCGAGGCAACCACUGGAGACAUAUGUGGGGUGUACCUGUUUUAACUGCACUUGCUUCAUCUUCCUUUGAGGGGCUUGGAAAAUCUGCUGUGUUCUAACCGAUAGCUAUUCCUGGGGUCCUUAUAGGGUGGGAACUCACCAGAAGGAAACUUGACCAUUCCUUAAAGUAACCUCUGGCCAAGGCAAUCCUCACUGGCAAGUAAUUCUGUGACCCACUGUUGAUGAUUUCCUAUUUUCAAUGCAUAGUCACUAACUUAUUCAA